CGCAUAUAUUCUGUUGAUGUCGAGCAAAUAUUAUUCAUAUGGCAACUUGAGUUUCGAAUUAUAUUUCUUAAUUUUUCUCGAUCGUGAACAUUAUCAUCGUCACUGUAACGCUCGAUCCAUACACAAACGGGGAAACAUCGAACCGUCUCUUACUAAUGAUUGGAGGAUCAGUUUGAUAAUGGAUCUUUGAAAGCGUCAUAAUUCACCUGAAUAUUUGAUGAACUAAUCAGGAAACUCGUACACCCGUAUCCUACAUAGUAACAAGCGAACGGUGAAACCGCCACUUAUCGCCUGCCAGUUAAGAUCAAAGUGAUCCAAGGUACGCGUUCUUGCGUUACUCAUAUUACACGUCUUCGUGACACGUGCUUUCGAGGAAAGACGUAACAGUUACAGUUUGUUUCAUUUGGCUCCAGUAGCUCUUUACCUCUGAGUGAUAGACGACGAAAAAUAUUGCCAGAGUUCAACGAACCGUCCUACGUGUAUGUAAAAAUUCUAUUCGAAGUAGUGGCUGUUUCGUUGUGGAAAAAUGAAUAUUUUCGAUCUCUCCAUCCCCACAUAUAGCGCCAUUCUCUACCUCGGAGUUAACUGGAUGGUCUACCACGUAUUAGCGUUGGAUAAUCGAAUAACGGAUGUUGUACAUCGACACGCCAGGGAGUUGACCUACCCGGAAGACAGCGAAAUGGGGCUUUUCUUCGCUCUGGCUCUCCCCCUCGAGGAUCCAGUUUCAACAAAGUCGAUUUCGGUAGCAUUCUUCUUCGAGGCAAACUACGAACUACCAAAUAACGAUACCGGCGUUCACCCGGAAACGGGUGAGUCAAGAAGAAAACGAUCCAUCGACAGAAGAACGAUCUACGAAAUUCUUCAAUCUAAAUUUGAAUCAUUCGGUGUUAACGGGCGAGAGUGCCUCCUGCGGUCGAUAUGCGACACAACGAGGAACCCCAUUCAUCGAAACAACGGCGUCCUCGGUGAUUUGAUGCGAAUUAUAUUAACACCAUCUUCGUCCGCUGACGAGGGUCUCGCCGUUGAAUAUUCCAUGGCAGAAACGACAGGGCGUGGAGCUGGUGAAUGUGGCGAGGCGUACCCUCUGUGUCCCUUCGGAAUUUACGACUACAUAACUACCGCGUAUGAAUGAAUGUGUCUCGCGCAUUGUGUAAUUAAAUAAUAAACAACUCUCGCCUCUG